UGAAUAUAGAUUUCGAUUGUUUUAUUGGUAUUGAAAAUAAAUCCAUCGAAUUGUUAUUAUUUAGACAAACUUUACACACAAUUAUAGAAAUUGAUAUUUUUUUUUAUUUAGGAUUAGUUUUUUUGUCGAUGAUAUACAAUGGCAGAUCCCAAACGAUAUGAAUCUAAUUUAAUGAUUGAAAAACUUCUUAAUUAUGCAGCGGUUGGUGAUCUAAAAAACGUCAAGACUAUGAUUGAAGACAUGAAAGUAGACAUCAACUCUUCGAGACAUAACAUGACAGCUUUGAGUGUUUGCGCCGCAAAAUCGGGAUCGGCUGAAGUGAUCAAAUAUUUGAUCGAAAGGGGCGCUAAUAUUCGCGAUUCGUUUUUUCAUGCGAUCAAAGCGGGAAAUGUGGACACAGUUGAGGUUUUGCUUCCCAUAUUGAAAGCCAAAAACUGGGAAAAACUUCCGACCAAAGAAUCGGCUGUUUUUCCACCAUAUAUGACACCAAUAAUGUUGGCCGCUAUCUGUGGCCAUCGAGUUCUUGUAGAGCUGCUUAUGUAUAGGGGACAUACCAUACCAUUGCCGCAUAUGCCUGACUGUGAGUGCGAUGACUGCAAUGUUUCGUCGACUUCUUUAGCCACACCAUCGCAUCGAAAUCUGGACAUCUAUAGAGCACUGUGUAAUCCAUCGUACAUUGGACUCAACUCUGAAGAUCCGAUAAGCAAAGUCUUUUCUCUUGAGAGAGAGUAUCGCACUAUUAUAGAAAACAGUCAUUUUUCGCACCAAUAUUACGAUAUAUCCAAACAAAUGGAAAACUAUAUCACAGAAGUGUUUGAUGUGACGCGCGAUGCACUUGAAGUGAAUGUAUUGGUCCAACAAAAAGGAGUGAAUCCACGACCCAAUGCUUUCAUCAAAUAUCUGGUUCUUCAGAACGCAGUCGACAGCAAUUGGGUUGACUUUAUAGCCUCGAAACGCAUCGAAAGUCUGAGAGCCUAUCUCUGGUUGGGACAAAACAGGGUGUGGUUUGACUCUGGCUUCGUUGGUCUGACCAAAAAGUUUUUCCGAAGUUUACGUAUAAUUAUCUGCCAACCGAUGAGCAGCAUAUUGUUUGCCGUCCGAUAUAACAAACAUAUCACCGCUCAGUCACGCUAUUUAUGUCGGCUCUUCAAUGAGUCGGUGUUUGUCUCGUUUUUGGUCUACUCUAUCAAUCAUAACGUAAUAUUAUGCGAAAAAUCUUUUGGACAUUACAUGUUCACUGCCUUAACGAUUGUCUGGACAGUUGGCAAUAUUGUCAAUAUUACCAAAAAGUGUGCUAUUUUUGGUUUGAAAAAAAUCUGGAGAUUUUAUGGACACGUCUUUGAAUUGAUACUCACAAAUAUACUGUUCAUUAUUGUCGUCUUAGAUAUUCUGUGCUUAUAUAAGUCGUCAAAUGACCGGAUCAAUGAUAACAGACGUAAUCAGCAAGAAGUAAACGCUUAUAAAAACAAAGUCCAGACAUCCGAUUGUAUUAAAUUUACUUAUGUAUUGAUCAAACUAUUGGUGACAUUAAUAUACAUCCGAAUUGGUAUCUUAUCGACACUUCGAGCGUACAAAGGUUUGGGCGAAGACAGGAUUAUUCGCAUUAUUCUUCUGUCGUUUUGCUUAAUCGGUAUAUUAUAUCCAUUUAUCAGUCACUCAAUGGCCAGUCAUUACAAUUUAAGUAGUUUUGGUGUCAACUUACCGAUAUUUGGUUCAUUAGAUCCAAUUAUUGUAUUUAUUAUUAUCAACUUUCUUAUUGGAUUAGGUUUUGAGAUAUUUAGGGGGCCAGAGAAAAUUCAGGACAAGUCGUGGUGUUUCCAUUGGACGGCUCGACUCAUCCAUGAAAUACACGGCGCCUGUGAACUGGCCGUACCGUUCAAUUUGUUGGAAGUGUUUAGUGUGGCCUAUAUUCUGUUCAAACGGGUUGGCUUUAAGGAGAAAGUCCAACAAAAAGAUGUCAAACAAUAUCAUCGGAUCAAAGAUCUCGUAUAUUCCAGGUAUGAGUGCACCAAAUACUUGGAGUCAAAACCCUAUUCAAGAGUUCAUUUCGAGUUUAUUGUAAACGAUUCCCAAUCCCAUAGUAAAGACACUGAUAAUAAUAAUUCAGACACAACUCCACCGAAAACUAAGCCAAACUCAACUAACGUCUCACAUAAAACUAAAAGUUCAUAA